CGGUUUGAUCUCUUGUCUAGUCUCUUUCAUCAAGUUUCUCUCUUCUCAUAUUUCCGACUCUCUCAUUGGUCCUUCUGUUGGAUUUCGACCCAUCCCCCUCUGUCCCUCCCUUGCAUUCGCAAUUCCCAGCCGAUUCCGGUUUUUGUUGGUUUGAGUUGAGUGGAGUUGUUAACCGAGUCUAGAAGCUGAGACUAGAAGCUGGGACGCUACGCUAGUUUCCGAGUUUAAUCUUUUUGUGCAGUCUGGGAAUAUUAAUCUGAAGACAAUUUUUCACUAGUAUUUCCGAGGAUUAACGUCUAGAGUCAGUCAAGCUUGGUGACAUUCUGUGUACUGAAAAAAGUUGAGAGAUAUUCACAACAAAAAAACGUUUUCGGUGAUUCGGUCACAUUUAGAAGAAUUUAAACACUAGGUGGUGUUGCGCAUAGACACAAUUUCCCACUACAAAAUUUGAAAAGUUAGUAAUUCCAGCUUUGUUAUUGCUGGAAAUUUUGUGUGUGGCAGCACCCUAAUCUAAAUCUGUUUUUAAUCACAAAAGAGUAUUUAUUCCCCAAGAAGGAUUCAAUUAUGUCAAGACAAGAAUCUAGAGGUGAAUCAUUGUAUCCAACAAAAGAACAGUUUGCCUGUGUAAGAUGUAAAAAUAAGAAAUUUACUUCCUGGAAUGAUUUUGAAAACCAUCAUGCUAAGCAUGCCGUUGACUUUACAUUUUCUCAACUUCCUUUUGUAAAACUUCAAAAAAUCAAAAUUCCUCCUUUAAAUUCACAGAAUCUGAAACUUAAACAUCCAGAUUCCAGGAUCCAAUCGUCAAUUUCUAUUAUUGAUAGUAAUGACACAGCAGCAAGUACUUCUGGUGUGGUACCAGAAGCUUCAACUCCUUGUGAAAAUAAGGAAGCUCCUGAAAGGCAGGCGUUGGAAGAGGAAGAGAUGCUAACUUGGCCAGGCAGUUGUGAAUCAUCUAGCCCUUUAAAUUCACCAAUUAGUGAAAUUCCAGCUAGCACCUCAAGUGAAACAAUCGCAUCAGCAAACCCAGCAACAGUGGAACCCCAAGGAGACUCUAAUAUCCUAGAUCCUGCUUUCAUUGAAAAGUUGGGAGAGGAGAUCAAUUUUCUGAAUCAAACUUCAGUUGACUCUGUUCCUGACACUGUUGCAAGUGCCCCGAAAGAACCUUUAUCUGAAGUUCAUUUACCUGACAAGAAUACAUCUGGGUCUUCAUCCGCUUCAAUAAGCAUUUCUGAAUUUCCAGUUCCAUCUCUUAUUGAUAUUUCAUUUCCGGAACCGAUCACUCCGGAAACUCCUCCAACAGAAAAUGCCACUGCAUCAGUUGAAUUGAAUAAGCCUGAAGAUCAACUUGAAAAGGUGGUCGAUGAAAAGGAAGUGUCAGAUAAUGAUAAAAAUGAAUCGAUUUCUACGCCGAAGGAAGCAGAACUACCGAAAUCGAAGGGACAAUUGCGACUAGUUCCAUAUGAGUCACUUUUGUCACCUUCUUUUUUGCGUGCCAGUUCUGAAGACGAUGAUGAAUCUGUAUCAAUUCAGUCUCCAAUUUCACCAUCAAAGACUUCAAACAAACCACAAGCUAUGGUAGCCAUACCGGAACAAAAUUUAGAGGAUCUUAACAUCACAGACCACCGAUCGACUGCUAAUUCUGUUCCAGUGAAAGCAUUAAUCGAAGCAGUUUCAACACCGCGGCAAGUUUUGAAAAAAUCUCAACCAACUCCACCGCCUGAAAUAACUGUACCAAGUGUGCCCCAAACAACGCAAACUUCUUCAGCGCCAACGCAGCAGCAACUGAUGACGCAAGUAUACCCAUUUCACGGACAAGGUAAUCGUCAGCCACAAGUAAAUCAACAACUUCCAACACAACAGACACCACAACAACCACAGCAAAAUCAUCCACUUCUGCAGCAACAUCUGCACCAACAGCCGCAACAACAGCCGCAACAACAGCCACAACUGCAACAACAGCCACAACUGCAACAACAGCCACAACUGCAACAACAGCCACAGCUGCAACAACAGCCGCAACUGCAACAACUUCUGCAACAACAGUCACAACUACAACAACAUCUGCAACAGCAAACCCCACCAAUACAACUUAUUCAACAGCAGAACCAACAACAACAUCUGCAACAACAAACCCCGCAAAUACAACACCUUCAAAAGCAGAUGCAACACCAACAUCUACAGCAGCAACAACAGCAGCAACAACAACAGCAGCAGCAACAACAGCAGCAACAACAGCAGCAGCAGCAACAACAACAGCAGCAACAACAGCAGCAGCAGCAACAACAGCAGCAGCAACAAAAACAACAAACGCAUUUCCACCAACAACAGUAUCCCCAACAGCAUCCAAAUUUGAGCUCAAUGCAGUAUCAACCGCAACAACAGGCGUAUCAACAGAUUGGAACUGGUCAGCAACCGAACACAUAUACUCAAACUCAAGCUCCUCAGUACAUUCAGCGGUUUUCAACUCCACCACGAAUACAGUACCCGGUACAAUCUUACAAUGCGUCAUGCCGAGCUGUCCAACCCAAUCAAUCUACUAGGGCUACAAUGAAUUCCGUAAUAACGCUCUCUAACAGUAAUGGCACAAUUUACGUUCCCCCCGUUUCCGCCUACUUCCAACAAAUCACCACUAACUCUAUUCCGCCGAUGGCCUCUUCCAACCCUAUCCAACAUCAGUUGGCUGGACAAGGCAACUAUAACCAGGUAGUCGUACAUACCAACAACUCCUUUCCACACUACUCUAACCGACCGCAGACGUCUAUGGCUCAACAUGUCCAGUUGCAGGUCGCAACAACUCGACCGCCAGUUGCGACUACGCAACUCCGUCCGCAAGCCAUAACGCUUCCAAGCCAAGGAAUUCGCGUUGCCUCUAGUCUUGCAUUGCCAAACUCUGUCCGUCUUCCACCACCUACUCCACAACGACAGGCGUUUGUGGCUAUCCUACCACAUCCUCAGUCUCUCAAUAGUGUGUGCAUACUGACGACGUCUACCACUUCAGCUACUACUUCAUCGACCGUUCGUUUGCCAGCUCCAUCACACCAAGGACAAACAGCUGCGAACGCACUUAAUCGACCUGUCAGUCAGAAACGUCAUUUAGUAGUUGAGGGAGGAAUAUCACCGGGGGCUGGUCAACCUGCUCACAAGGUAGCGCGUACUGAAGAAACCACUGCUGUCUCUGCAAAUGUCUCCACAGCGGUCUCUGCAGCCCAGCAAAGUGGAGACUGUGAAGUGUUGAUCGUACAGAAGAAACAAACAGGCUUACCUGUUAUUCAAAGCGUGGAGGGUGGCGGUGGCUCGUCAACGAAACCCAGUGUGCAGUCCCUUCAGACACCGUCUGUUGCUUCACUUUUAAGUAAUCCCAACAUAACAAUUACACCUGCCAAGAAUAAAGAAAACCAAACAGGAUCUGAUUCCGCUGCUUCAAAAUCUGUCAAUGCCUCCACCAAUUCUGUGAUAAACGUUACUAGAACCUCUCGUCCCAUCACCGUUGACUUGACAACUUCUUCGGAUUCUGUACCGCAACAACGCAAUCCUUUGCAAUGCCAAGUUUGCAACGAAACGUUUAACUCUCAAUCGCUCCUUAAAAAUCAUUUGGUGCUUCACCUAAGAAAGGUGCACACCACUGUAGCGCGGCCAACCGGUAAUACUUACGUUAACAGAAACCAGGGCUCGAAGCAGGCAGCAGUUAAUUCCCCUAUCUCGCGGGCUAGCAACGUGAAUGGACAGACCACGAACACAACAGCACCAAGCACAUCUGGUUCUGUUACAACUCAAACAUCUACAACCACCCAACAAGCGACACCUGCUGGAAUACGACCAAUAGAUAUGAGCACUGGUUCAGUGAACACUAACCAGCAAACCAAAAACGGAGCAACUUCUGGACAAAAUCGAUCCACUACCGAGAUUAGUUUGGUGCCUCCUAAUACGACCUCAUCAACUCAGUCUUCCUGUUGUAAGGAACCUACUGCAAUAUCGAUGGAAAAAGCAACUUCAUCUGGCAGCGAAUUUUAUAUUCCUAUAGUCGACUUGAAGCGACUGGAUGUUAUUUCUAAACUUGAAUCAAUGGGCAUUAAUCAGUUUAUUCCCGCAUCCAAUUUGACGUCUUGCAAUGGUCACAAUAACUUAGCCAUACCUAUUAUGUCAGCUGCAGCUCUUCGGAAGUCUGGGACGACGACGGGGUUCCCUAGUCUCUGUGGGGUAGUUAAUCUCGGCAUUCCUAAAUCAUUUUCCUCGACUCUUCCCAAGUAACUCGCUUCUAACUAUUAGCAGUAACUUUCUGCUAACUAUUAGCUUCUCCACAUGUUACCUGUAGUAAACCUCGCGACUUUUCUUUUAUGAUAAUACAAUUUUAUACCAUGA